AUGCCUAACACUUCUCCACCACCACCGCCAGCUCCUCCAUUACCACCUUCUGUCCACAGAAGUCAGUCAAGAGAAUCUCCCUUCGUGUUGAAGGUGAGAAGCGCGCCAGAAGACUGGUUCUAUCAGGCUCCCAACCCGCCAGCCCAAAGGGGCCUCUUUGAGCCACCUACAGGGCCGUACUUCGUAUACGGAACAUUAAUGGAUCCAAAAAUGCUAGCUGAUAUACUCGGACUGGAUGAAAAGCCUGAGCUACGGGCUGCCAAAAUUGAAGGCUACUCUCGUAAACUGUGGGGGCAGUAUCCUGCCAUGCUAGACGGACCACAAGGUGCAGAAGUUAGUGGUCGGGUUUACUGUGUGCAAUCUAUUGCCGAUGCAAAAAGGCUGGCGGAAUAUGAAACAAACAGCUACAAAACUGAGCCAUGCCUCAUUCAGUAUACAGAUGGACGGGAACCUGCGGAGGACUAUGGUUAUGUUUUUAUGUUCGUUGGUAACCCACGGGAUAUUAGUGACGGGGAAUUUGAUUUGGAACAAUGGCUUGAGCGGAUGGGCCGACGUUAA